CAGUCGCCUUUGUUGACAUUCGCCGUCAGUUUUGAGAUCUGUGUGUAUCUGUUUGCGAUCUACUUUGUGAAUUUUCAAUAUUUUCAAUAUGAGCGGUGGUGAUAAUUUUGGUAUUCAUCGUGGCGCGGCACGUCCACAAGACGAUCGUACCCAAGGCCAGAUCUUGAGUGAUUUUCUGCUGCAGUUGGAGGAUUAUACGCCCACGAUCCCAGACGCAGUCACAUCUCACUAUUUGAAUACUGCCGGGUUUGAGGCUAAUGAUCCCAGAAUCGUUCGCCUGAUAUCAAUCGCGGCCCAGAAAUUCAUCUCAGAUGUUGUGAAUGACGCGUUGCAGCACUGCAAGACUCGCACCAGUAAUGUGAGUGGUUCCAGCCACGGAUCUUCAAAGAACAAAGCUGGAACUAAGGAUAGAAAGUACACUUUGACAAUGGAGGAUCUAACUCCGGCACUUGCUGAUUAUGGUAUUACUGUCCGCAAGGCACAUUACUUUGUUUAAGAGGGAAAUCGAGUUUAAUAUUUUGUCAUUAUAUUUCUUUGUAAUAUUAUAUUGGGAACCGUUUUAUUUGAGUUAAAAUAAAAAGCACAUAUCUGGGCUUAAA